GAAGAGUCGUGUUGCAGGAAGGAGACACCGUGACAUUUGGCCAUCCCGACUGGAAGACCGUUGCCCCCGGAGCCUGGGCCCGGCAGCCCAACUCACCGUUUUACUUCCUGUUUGAACAUUGUCACUGCAGCCUCGACCAGAUGCGGUGUCUGCACGGAGAGUUUCCUGAGCCGGUAGCUGCCGGGGCCUCCCCAGAAGCCAGCUGUAGAAUGGGCUUGGCCUUGGAGGCCCCCCUGCCUCAGGGGGCAUCUGCCACACAAGGGGCCCUGCCCCCCUGCUCUGCACCCUCUGAAGUGAACGGGCCCCUCGGCUGCCGCCAUCCUGCCUCCUCCUUCUCCUCACGGGCUCUGCCACGCCCUUCAGCUGCUUCGACACGGCCUCCCCUCGCUUUGCCGCCGUUCACAGGCUCCCUUAACUUCUCGUCCCAUUUGCCGGAAACGUCCGAUGGUCCUCCGCUGGGGGCAUCACCAGAUUCUUCACUAGAAGGUUCUAUUCGAUCCCCCUCUUGUGUCCUGAGGUCCGCUUCUCCUGAAUACAUGGUUCUUGGGGAGGAGAUCCCUGGCCCUGCUGAGCCUUCUCCGCAGGGAGAUCUGCAAACAGAAAACGGCGGCUCUUUAAUCCCAGAGAGCCCGAAGUCGAAUUGUCCUGAUCCCAGAGGUGAAAGCGAGGAGGAGUGUCCAGUUGGAUGCAGGCCGGGCUCCCCCGGAGGGUUUCCGCAUGAGAACGACAGCAGCGAGGCUAGAACGCGGCCUUUGCCUGCUGCGUGCCUUGGCCACGCCCACUCUUUGCUGCCUUCGCCCGCCUGCCUGCAGGAUUCUGUCGCAGCUGGACUUGGCCACACCCAGCGUGGUGCUCGAAUUGGCACAGCUGAGCUUCCUAAAGAUGUGCAGCCACUGGCGUGCUCCUUUCAGACCGUGGUGGGAGGCAGUCCGGAGUCUGGGCUCUCUCCUCCCAGCACCAAAGAUCUGGUUUCCGGCAGUCCUGAUCACAGUCAGGAAAUAAUAAAGAGGGAAAUCGAUGAAGGCCCUGAAGAAAUGUCUGAGCUUGAGACGAGCUGCUUUUCUGAACCUGGAGCCGAAGAGCGGAUCACAGAACCGAUGGAAGAGGAAGUGCAGAUCACAAAACGGAUGGAACAGGAAGAGCGGAUCACAGAACCGAUGAAAGAGAAAGAGCAGAUCACAGAACCAAUGGAACAGGAAGAGCGGAUCACAAAACAGAUGCAACAGGAAGAGCGGAUCACAGAACCGAUGAAAGAGGAAGAGCGGAUCGCAGAACCAAUGGAACAGGAAGAGCGGAUCACAAAACGGAUGCAACAGGAAGAGCGGAUCACAGAACCGAUGAAAGAGAAAGAGCGGAUCACAAAACCAAUGGAACAGGAAGAGCGGAUCACAAAACAGAUGCAACAGGAAGAGCGGAUCACAGAACCGAUGGAAGAGAAAGAGCAGAUCACAAAACCAAUGGAACAGGAAGAGCGGAUCACAAAACGGAUGCAACAGGAAGAGCAGAUCACAGAACCGAUGAAAGAGGAAGAGCAGAUCACAGAACCGAUGCAACAGGAAGAGCAGAUCACAAAACAGUUGCAACAGGAAGAGCGGAUCACAGAACCGAUGAAAGAGAAAGAGCAGAUCGCAGAACCAAUGGAAGAGGCAGUGACUGGAAGCCAGGGAAUGUCAGCAGAUCAUGCAAAGGAUGGUGGGCUUGGAACAGAAGGAACCGUGGGAGGGCACAGCAAGAUCUUCAUGGAGAAGCCUUUACAGGAAUCUUGUCCCCAAGAAACUGAGCUGGCAGCAGAUGGGGGCGCAACGGACAGCUCUCUUGCCGACAAGGUGGGCAGCCGUGCUCCAGACUCCCUGGAUUUAAUCUCCGGUAGCUCAGGAGGCAGAACUCCUGGUGACCCCCUUUGUGGACUUGAUCCGGGCAGAGUCUCUUCUGCAAGGCUGGGAGCUGCACAGGAGAACGGCCCUGAUGGUCCGAGCACAGCUGUGCCGUUGGAGAUCCAAAGUGGCCGUGGCGCCCGUGAAGCAGAAUCACAAGGAGGCGCUUCUGAGGGUGACGGGGACGUGAAAGCGUCGUCGCAGGGAGACACCAGGCUGUCAGCCGUGGAUCGCCAUCUUGGCCCACGAGGCAGAGGCUCUGCAGACCUGGAGGCGGAGAGGGGGCUCACUGGCCACGCCAGCCUGGGAGAGCAGCCCUUGGCCGAUGCGGAAGCUCAGGCUGGGGGCGCAGGGGAAGAAGAAAAGGGCCCAGCCGUGGCAGAGGCCGGAGAAGAAGGGGGUGCAUCCGGAGCCUGGGGUGACCUCCAGCAUUCCGGCAGCAGGUCAGAUGCGCAUGUGGCCGGAGAGGCGCCUCUGCAGCCGUCGUCUGGGGCUUCCGCAGCAGGUCUCCUCGUUCACGAGGUCAGUCCCAAGGGACAGUUUUCCAGAGAGGGAACAUUCACCGCUGCGACUGUCUCUGGUGCAGCACAGGAGAGCUUGUCUUCAGAAGUGUCCCUGGAAACGUCCAAAGAGGACCCAACUCUGGCCACUGCGGCUCCUCCGGCUGGGCUGGUUUGCGGGGAAAGGGGUGUUCUCGAGGUGCCCCUGGACGCUGACCUCCUGGGGCCCCCAGGGGACUUGGAUGGGAAUCGUUUGGAGGAGCGCUCAUCCCAGAGGAGCGAGGCCAGCCCUAGAGGCGGGCAGGAGGGUCUAGCGGCUGAAAAAGAAGCAGGAUAUGGAAGCUCCGGACGGACUGAGGCUGAUCCAGUCGCAGAGCUCCAGCUGCCUGUUUGCGAGCUUGGCCACGAGGAGGAGGAGGAGGAGGAGGAGGAGGAGGAGAGAGCUGGCUCCAUCUCAACUUGUGCAUCGCUGGCUGUGCCUCCUGGUGGGAGAGAACCUGACUGUGAGAGCGGAAGCCAAGAAGAGGUGGACCAGGAUGGCGCCUCUGGAGGAGGAGGAGGAAGAGGAGAAGAAGAGCUGGAGGCCCAGGGAGGGAGGAGCGUUGCUGCGGCAUUCACUGCUGGAGCUGCAGCUGGAGAAGGCGACCUGGAGAACCAGCCACAGGGACUGCUGGGCCAGCCCCCUGCCUUCCUGCCAGUGCCCCGUGGCAACCCAUGCAGCCCCCUUGGAAGACGCCUCGAAGGGGGUGGGGCAUGUUCCUCUUCAGCCUCGGCGGGUAAAUGGGCAAGGCUGCUUCCCUUCUGGGUUCCUGGUGACAGCCGAGAAGGAGAAGAGGUCCCUUGCUCAGAUGACUUCUGUGCAGACGCACUGUUGCUGCUCCAAUGGAGUGAAAAAGAUGCAGAGGGCAGGUUGGGGUCUGAAAACAGCCCCCUUUUGCCCGAGCGAGGUGGCUCGGAGGAGGAGCACAGUGCAGAGCUGAAUAAUGAAGUUCAAGCAACGACCCGGAGCUGUUCUGUGGGCACAAAACCCAGUGAAGAUGCUCAGCAGCACCACGAAGUGGCUGAGACGGAGGAGACGGAGGACCACUCAGUGGAAAGGCAGACGAGCUGCCACGAGAGCUCUGGGACUUCUCCUGAUCAGUCAACCCAAGAUGGGUGUCAGGAAGGGAAUGCUCUUUUGCCAGAGUUGCACGCAGGUGAACUGAAGGGCCUGGAAAACAGUUCGGGGCUGGAGCCGCAAGGAGGCAAUGUCGGGGAAGGGUUGCUUUCUCUUGAUGACUUCCCCACGGACGGCGGUGCUGGGGAGGACGUUCGUGGACCUGGAGUGGCCGUGGAAUGCUUGACCCCACCUGGGCCAGAAGGAUGCAGUGGAGGGGCUGUGGUUGGGACAGAGCUGGAACAGAGUCCCGAAGGUUCGCCCUCUGGAGAAGGCGGCGGCGACAUAGUCUCGCUGGGCCUGUGGGCUGUGGGCUCUGGAAAGUGCAGCCAGACACCCCAUGGAAGUGCAGCCAGACACCUCGGGAGGCAAAGCCGGCCGGCCCUCGCAGUGGGCCUGGAGUCCUCCAGUUGCGAUGAACUUGACCUGCGCAUCUCCAACUCUGAGGCUGAAAGAGAAGGGCGUGGCAGCCCCCGAGCCCCCGGGACCUCUGGCAGAGAAGCCGCUGUUCCGAAAGGAAGGGAUGCUUUGAGUUCAGAGCCAGUGGGGCGUCUGGACGGAGUCACUGAGACCAGUGGCGCUCACGGCAGACUGGCUGUCCAGGGUCAGAGGGAGGACACCAGUCAAGAGACCGGUGGCGUUCCACCAGAGGCCUUCAACACUUUGGCACAGCAGAACUCUCCUUGUGAUGGACUUGGCUGGGACCCGCCCAGUGCCACCUUCUCCGUGCCUCAGACAUCUAUUGCAAACGUGGCUGUUGGUGUAAAAUCUCCUCCUCUGAUGAAAGCUGCAGCCUCCGGUGAAGAACUUGAGGACGGAGCGGCUGAAGAGGUGGAACGAGGGCCUUCGGAUCCUUCCUGUGUUUCUGGAGAAGUUUCCCAUCUCUUAGAAAGGGAUGCCAGACUUGGCAGAGUGGGGCCAGACCCGAGUGUUGCUCCUGGAGUGGCAGAAGAGGCUGGUUCGGGUCCUCCGGAGGACUGUGCGCAGGCGGGUUGCAGAUUUGCUGGUCAGCCAGGAAUGGAGGCUCUUGAAGUCGGAGAAACUCCUGCGGAGCAUCUGCAAAAUGCAACGCCAGCUCGCUCCAGUGUGGGGGAAGCGGAGGGGGCCCAGAAGGUGAAAGGGGAAGCUCUGUUGCACUUGCAGCCAGGAGUGGACACGCAGCAGUCCCAGGAAACUGUGAGCCAAGGAUGCAGCAAGAGCUCAGAACGCUGCAAGAGCCCUUUCCCGGAGAAAGCAGAGCCAGAGGGCUGCUCCUCAAGGAAGAAGAGGCUGUUGGAUGAAGACCAGGCAAGUGGAUCGCUGGAUUCAGACCACGGCUCCAGUGGUCAAAAGAGGCUCCGGUGGCUGGACUCGGGGUCUGGCUUGCCCUUCUCCCCUGGAACACCUUCCCCUCCCUCGGGUUUACAGAGGCAUCAGGAUGGGUUCGGCAGCGCUGUGGGCACGCUCUUUCAGCCGCGCGGCAGUCGGCACUCUGAGAAGAUGGACGCAAAGAAGAGAGACCGCAUUGCCCAGAUAGUGAGGAUGUAUUUUGACAGCACGCGCGACCUGGAGGAAAAUCUGGAAGCGGAGAUGUCCCUCCUGCCCUUUGAAGCAGGGACUUCUGAGGAGUCGGAUUGUAACUCUGCCGCCAAGCCAGAGGCCCAGAGAAGUCCGGGUGCCGAGGAGGGAGAGUCCUCUCCAGCACCACAGGCUGAGCUGCACACGAAUCGGGUUCAGUGCCCGGAUCCCUCCCUUGAUGAUCACGGCACCCCUGCAAGCGCCCCCUCCCGUUCAUUGGGAUCCCACGCUGAAGAGCCAGGCCCAGAGUUGGCACCCCACGUUCCCGGCAGUGCUGGGAAAGCUUCUUUCUCUGAAGACGAAGAAGAAGAAUUUCAGUCCCGCAUCAGCUCAGUGCUGGAGCAUUCUCUCUUGACCUCUCCUGAGGCAUCUCCAAAGGCACAGCAUGGGCAGGAACCCUGGGGAAAGGACGUGGACCUCGUUUUCUCUGACAUCUCCAAUGGUUCAAUGGAGUCUUCCCCAGAACCAGAACACCGGAACUCUACAGGAACGGGAGGCAAACCAGUUCCUGAAAUGCUUUGUGAAGCUGUAGCAAUAGACCUGUCGUUGGAGGGUGCCUUUCGCGUCCCAGAAGCCACUGAUGUGGGUUGGUGCGAGGAGACGACAAGCGCAGUAUCUGGCAUGCGCGUGUCAUCGUGCGAGAACAUCCAGAGUCCAGAAGGAGACUCGACUGGGGAGCCUGAAGAUCACCUGGGUGCUGCUGGAGAGAACAUGGAGACACCUGUUCUUCGGCAGGCAGGUGAUGGGGAAGACGGCCGUGAGACUGCCACCACAGAAGCCUCCGAAGGGGUCACGUCCUGCGUUAGUUCCCCAGGUGCGGAAACCAGAGAGGAACUGGACGGCCGCACUGAUGAGAUGCAGAUUGGAGGCGGUGCUUUUCUGCAGAGAAGCAACGAAGACUCCCCUCCCACAGGUAAGCUUGGUGAGGGUGGAGAACGUGUGGCUGAGCAUGGUGGGCAGGCUGGGUCUUCUCCUUAGAAACUGCAGAGUCUGAGCCCUGUGCGGCAUCUGGGUCUUCCGGUGUUUCCCCGGGGAGGGCUCUCAUUGGAGGAGGGUGGGCCACUGGUUCAAUGGGCAAAGAGGAGAAGACUCAUAAUAAGAACAUAAGAACAGGCCAGCUGGAUCAGACCAGAGUCCAUCUAGUCCAGCUCUC